UAUGGCAGCCUACGACCGAGAUUUGGAACGGAUAAAGCGAAUGCUAAAAGCACCCGCUCCUCACCGAAAAUUUUUACUUUGUCAAGUUGGGGUGACUGCAAUAGUAAUCUAUUUCUGGUACAGUUUCAAUGAAGGCUUUACUCCCUGGUUUCUGAGAAAGAUUCCAGUGUUGCAUGUUGGAUCAGAUGUUAGCCCUUUGGUCUACUUUCCACAUGCAAAUGAAGACGGAAACAAUAUUGAAUGGGCCAGACAUGUGAAUAGUAAACAGGCAUUGCAGGAUGCCAUUGCAGCCCCACCAGGUGACAUAGACAUGAUUCAGGGGGACGUUUUGCUGAAGGGACAGGACACUGACCACCAGUCCCUCACUCCAUUGAUGGGCCGCCUAGCGGACAGUAAAAAUGAUCUGACUCUUGAUCUUUGGCUACAGGAGAUUAUUCAAGCUUAUCACAAAGGAAUCAAAAUCUCAUUCCAGUCCAAUGAUGCAGUGGAGAUAACUCUGCAGAAGUUAAAGGAUUUUAAGAGAGGGCUUUUGAGGCCAGUUUGGCUACAUGCCGACAUACUGCAAGGACCUCAUGGCUCCAAACCAAGAGUUGACAUGAUUAGAUAUUUCAAACAUGUGAAGCGAUUGUUCCCAGAAUGCACCAUGUCCCUGGGGUGGACAACUGGAACCCAUACUGAUCUCAGUUUAAGUGGAUACUCAUGGGACAGUGUUCUGGACAUGUAUCACGCUAUCAUGGAUGCAGAACUGGAACAGCCUAUCGUCAUCUCCGUCAGGUCCUCACUGAUUCGAAACUCGGUCCCUCAGAUAAAAUGGCUAACAGAUAACACCAAGGCUAGUGUGUUUAUAUGGCAGGAAGAAGGGGAGAGAACUGCAGCCGAGGAUCUGAUGCACAUUGCUUACAGGUUUGCUCCAGAGAAAUCUUAUUGGGAUAUUCAUGAUAAAAAUCUAAAGGCUUACCUCAAGAAGAACAGAAACAAGUCUAGUCCUAAACUCAGCCCUUAUGCCAAACAAAGAGACACUGUUCUUUUCCGUCCCGAGGCUUGGUUGAAGAUGGGUCUAUACAUGGAACAUCACUCUGUGUUACCCAGUGAGGAAGCCUUGGUUUUACAGAGCCGUGCUGUGUAUGUAAUCACCAAGACAAAGUAUAGAGCAUCUAAACUGACCUCCCUCAAUGGUCGUGUCCAGUUCUUAAACAGGAAAAAUCGAGAUGUUGUUCCUAACGAGACAGGACUGAGUAUUUUUAUUCGUUCCACUGCGUACACAGACUUUGAAAACAUAAAUGGUAUACAGUGUUUUCUUGGAUUGGACGGUCAGAUGAAGAUUCAGUCUAGUCACAUAAAUACAGAAUUCCAGAAGAGUAUGAGAUUUACCCCGGGGACAUCGAAUUGUUUCCGGUUCUCUGUGGUGGACACGGGGACCGCCAUCGUCUUCCAGGUGAUGAUUCUACAUGACUGCCAUACACUGGAGAGCGUGAUGCCAAUGAAUGCCGUGAAGGCAGAGCUCAAGCUGGACGUCCCACGGACAAUCGGAAAUGAAAUGAACCCGUUUAUUGUGAAGUUAGAGGAUAGCAACCGUGUGGCAGUUUUUGAUGAACUCCAUGUUAAACAUGGUGACUACUUAUAACAUAUGUUGACAUGAUAUAGAUGACUAGUCAGGUUUUCCUGUAAUUUACAAAAGCUACAUGUAUUUAAAGAGAUGUUUCUUUUUCUGUAUCCAAACAGAGCCAUGAAAUCAACUGGAUCCAACACAGUUCAGAAAGCCCCAAUGAGAUAAAUCAAUGUAUUUUUUCUAAUAACACAUAAAUGGUUUAACUUUCAUGCCAACAGACAUCUUGUCAAAGUCAAGGUUGUGUGUUAUUGUUCCUCUUCACUAGUGAACAAUAUCAAUAUCAAAAACUUUGGCAUCGUGAAGAUCAGGCCAAUAAAACCAUGGUUUCUCAUUCAAAACCUUGAUGGAGCCAAUUGUACAUAAAGGUUGUGACACCAAUGAACUUUGACAUUCCAUUCCUCUUCCUACAUUCCACAUGCCUGAAUCUAUUUCUAGUUUAACUAGGUCAUAUCAUAAAAAUUGUUCUUCCAUUCCAUUUAAAUGUACCACUUCACAGAGUUAUUGCCCUUUCAUUUACUCAUUACACCUGUGUGUAAUCAAGAGUGCUAGAAUUUUCAUUUGUCUUUGUAUGUGUGUAUUUUGUAAUCAUUAUCAUUUACCUUUAACUUAAAUUUACCUAUUCAGACUAUUCUAGUUGUAAAAAGUUAAUAAUAUAGGGCUUCUUUUUUAGCUCUACUGGUCAGAGACCAGAAAAGCUUAUGCGAUAAUAAGGUGUUUGCUUUCCAUUCGUCAGUCUAUCUGUAAACAAUAUUUUCAAAGUCCUACUCCUAUUACAGUUUUGGUCUAAUAAUCUAAAGUAGCUUGACAAAUAAGUACACUCCACUAAGCUACAGAAUUCUAUAUUUUGAUGUUGCUGUGGUCACUAAAAAUAGAAUUUAAAAAAUACUUUCAAACUUUAUAUUAUUUUUUGAAUUUGAAGAAUGAUGGUGUCUUAAAGUAGAAAUUUCUGUAAAAUUCUUUUAAAGGGCUAUUCCUGCAGUUUUAGCCUAAUUGCGUCUUUCCAUAAAAAAGAGAAUGAAUCAAGGAUCAUUUCUAUUUACAGCUGUUGCAAAGUUUCAAGUCCAACUGCUACUGUUCUAUUCCUUUGUUAUAUAAAUACAAACCAGAAGAGCUACAGUCUAGACAGAGACUUCUGGUUAUUUGCUUGCUGUUUUGAUGGCCUGUUGUAUUUUCCAAGUUUUUUUUUUUCAAUUAUAAUUUUCAAAGGUUAGUGAUUGAGUAUGUUGAUUGUUUCAGAAUAAUUUAUUUUUAAUAGUUGUACAUCAGUGUUUAGUACUUGAUAAGAAGAAUAUUUCAAUGAAUUGUGAUACAAUAUUUGUUCUAAAGCAACAUAUCAUGUAAAUCUUGAUUUUUAUUACAUGUACUGUUUAUUAUAUAUCCUAUCGUAUGAAUCCAGGAGAGGAACUGUGUGUGAUUAUAGAGAAUAUGAUUAUUUAUUACAUGUAUCUACAAUAUUUAUGUAGUUCUGGGAACCUACAGAUUGCGACAUAAUUGAUAUUUUACAUGUGUAUUUUUUAAGCAGUUUUUUUGUGAUGUUUGAUAAACGAUUUGUUUACUGUUAAUAUAACUUCAGACACAUCUAUUUUGAUGAAAUAAAUGAUUUAUAACACA